CAGAGCUGGAAAUUCCUCUGUGAGUAAAUUGUGCCAUAAUAAUGGUUAUAAAAUGUUAUAUACAAAAAUAGAUGUUUUGUUUUCAGCAGAUUGUUAACUUUGUGUUUUGGGAGAACUGGAAGAGGGUGGAAGUUGAUACUCUUUUGUUGGAAUACCAUGAAGAUACAUUUCACCUGGGUUUAAAUUUGCUGAGCCAUCCUGGAACAAGAAUAAUAUGAAUGUAUCCUUGUUGUUGACUAAUACCAAGAUGGCCGACAAGGGGGUGUAUGAAUGCAUGGUGAGAACAGACCGUGGUGAUGAUAUAGCUACAACCAGCCUCAGUGUCAAAGCUAUGUACAAAUCACCAACCAUGAGUCCCAUUCCUGAGAACUGCAUCAAACAGAACACAGAUGUGACCAUUUUCUGCAACUCUACAGGCGGGCACCAGAAAGGGUUGUUCCAGUGGUUUUACCAGUUUGGCACAAACUGCAAAGGCAGUGCUGAACUUCUGGCCAAAAAGACAGACGACAAACCGUUUAGCCUCUCCAGUAAACUAACAGUUCUGAAGGCUACAUACAGUGGUUCCACAAACUACUCAUGCACAGUGCACAACACCAAUGGAGUCCAGGAGAGGAAGGCAUCGUUUGAGAUCCCGUUUGUAUGUUCAGCAGGUCUAAACUGUGACAGUCCACAGAACCAGCAUUCCAGUCUCUAGUAAAUGAUUCGUUAACUGGCAGUCUCUGGAAGGGAUUGUUUCCUUGACGAUCAAUAAGGGGCUUGUCACUAUUUUUUGAUGGACUGUUUCCUGUUAAGUGUCCGAUGACAGUCACUUUGGCAUUCAGGUCAUUCUGAUUGAGGCAUUUGUUUCUUCAUAAUCUACUGAUGAUGGCAGCCUUUAAGGUCUGUGGUUGAUUACAAAUUAUAUGUAACUGCCCUAUAUAUCAAUGUUUCUAUACAGGGUUGCCAUGGUGUCACAAUGCUCUAGAUUCUACCACUGCAGAACAUUGGUAUACUGUAAUACCAGGUAAUCUAAUCACUGUACACACUAUACUACAAGGUGCAUGGUUUAACAUUCCAUGUUUCCUAUACUGUAGGUUCUACCAUAGUGGUUGUGAUUACUAUACUGUAACACCAUACCAUCUAAUCACUAUAACUUUACACACUGUUCUAUACUAAGGUUGUGCGAACAUUCAAUUUGAACACAGCACUUUUCUGAAAAACAUGUAGUAAAACUGGUUUCCCUUCUGAAAGAGGGUUUCGCAAGACUGUACAACAACCACUCUGAUAACCAAAAGCCUGUUGCUCCUACCACAGAUGAUUAUGUUUUUGGUCUUCCUCUUUCUCCUUUCUUCUUGUGUUGCGCUAUCUGCUGGUGGAAAAUUCAGAUCAAUAUUUAUUUCUUGCCCAGGGCUCGCCUCCAUGAAGGCAGUGCAAUGGAACGCAACUGUAAACCUGAAAAACAAGAGUCAAUUGUUCAUCUGAGAGAAUUGGUUUCAGUUUCAAGUUGAACAUAGAAAUGUUUACCUGGUGGUUGUUUAUGAUACUUUUGAAAAUGCCACAAUUGUUUUAUGUUAUGAAAGAGGCUGCUAUUGUCUUAAUGUUGCAGUUAUAUAAUGACUGUUUCAGUUCCCAUUAUGUUUUAUUGCUAUCAUGUUUACUGCUGUCAUAUAGACUGAGAAAUUCGCAGUUCAACGAAAUGUGUUAUUUCUUCUCUGUAUGUGUAACGUCCGUUGUUGGAAUGAGACCAAGGCGCAGCGUGGGUUGGGUUCAUCAUACUUUAAUAUAAAUGGUGAACCAGCAAAAACCAAAACAAGAAGCAACACAACAAACGACCAGUUUCGCAGACUACUCACAGCAAUGCAAAAACAACUUCCCACACAGACAGGUGGAAAAAGGGUUACCUAAGUAUGGCUCCCAAUCAGCGACAACGAUGUACAGCUGUCCCUGAUUGAGAGCCAUACCAGGCCAAAACACAGAAAUACAAAACAUAGAUAGGGAACAUAGAAUGCCGACCCCAACUCACGCCCUGACCAAACCACAAUAGAGACAUAAAAAGGAACUCUAAGGUCAGGGCGUGACAGUAUGAAGUGUAUAUCAAGUGAUUUGUUGGAAAAAAAGGCAACUUCCUGUUUUCUGCACAUAGAUGCUUGCAUGCUUGAGGCCUACUCCGCACUUUAACCCGUAUAACAGACAUUUUUGUUGCUACAUUUUGUAUGUUUUUAUAUGUGACUUUGUUUGUUAUUAAUGCGAUAAUUGAGAUGAAAGCUUUUCUCCUUUGUCCCCCCCAAAAAUGUGAAUCAUCUUUUGUAUGAUGUUUUUUUGUGUAUUUCGCACUGUGAAAUUCCUUUUCAAAUCCCACACCUUGACACUGUUCAGGUUUUGUAAAUAGGAUGAAGAUUUUAAUUGUUGUUUUUAAUUACUACAAUCCUAUAAACAAAUAAAAAUCAUAAUUGAU